ACAGUUGAACAUUAACGAGCACAAUAGACAUAAUAUAGCACAAAUGAAUAUAAAUAACCAGCGACUAGCGUCGGAGAAGUGCCAGUUCGCAAUGAUUUCUGCAAAAGACAGCAUGUUAGUAAAUACCAUGUUCAUAAGACUACUGAUCGUCCUGCUUUGUUUAAACUUAGCCAUACUAGCAAAUUCAAACGAGACUGCACCAAGAGUCAAAACUCCAUUAGGAGCACUGAAAGGCUAUUAUAAAAUAUCACAAAAUAGCAGAAAAUACGAGGCAUACGAAGGGAUUCCUUAUGCAUUGCCGCCUAUUGGAAAAUUAAGAUUCAAGCCUCCUCGACAAAUACCGGCAUGGAUGGGCGAACUGUCGGCUACGAAAUUCGGUUCUCCGUGCAUUCAAUACUCUCAUUUUCCUUACGAUCCUACGGAAAAAGUCGAGGGUGCUGAAGAUUGUUUGUAUUUAAAUAUUUAUGUGCCAAUACGAAAGAAGUCGGAAAACAAGACAUCUAUGCCAGUGUUGUUUUGGAUCCAUGGUGGCGGUUUUCAAUUUGGUAGCGGUAGGCUUUAUAAAGCCACAUAUUUGAUGGACAGCGACGUCAUACUCGUUACAAUUAACUAUCGAUUGGGACCGAUGGGAUUCCUCAGUACGGAAGAUGAGGUAGUUCCUGGCAACAUGGGUCUAAAGGAUCAAAAUAUGGCACUUCGUUGGGUAUCCGAGAAUAUCGAGUGGUUCGGUGGCGAUCCGAACAGAAUAACCUUGAUUGGUCUGAGUGCUGGUGGUGCAAGUGUGCAUUAUCACUACUUAUCGCCAAUGAGCACCGGACUUUUCCAAGGAGGAAUAUCGUUCAGCGGAACAGCGUUCGAUUGUUGGACACAAACUGAAAAUGCUUUAGAGAAAACUAAAAAACUGAGCGCCUUAAUGGGAUGUCCUACAACUACCUCUAGAGACAUGAUACGUUGCUUGAGAUAUCGACCGGCUCAAGCAAUAGUACAGGCUACAAGCGAAUUUAUGCCAUUCUUCUUCAAUCCCUUCACUCCCUUUGGGCCGGUGCCUGAAAAAGUCGGCGAUGAUACUCCUUUCAUCGAUAAGACACCAGUUGAAAUCGUGAACAACGGUGAUGUGCAGGAUAUACCUUGGAUUACGGGAGUAACGAGUGAAGAAGGCCUUUAUCCCGUAGCCGAAUUCAUCGCUGGCAAUGAAAAUCUGAAACAAUUAAACGACAACUGGGAUCUUCUUGGUCCGCAUUUUCUGGACUUUAAUUACACCAUCCCAAAAGAGAAGCAGGUGGAGAUUGCUCGCCUCAUCAAGAAGCAUUAUUUUGAUACAAAACCAAUAGACCAGACAACUACAAAGCAACUGAUACAAAUGGCGAGUGACCGCUUCUUCGUGGUCGAUAGUCAGAAGGCUGCGCGAAUGCAAGCCAAAGUAAAUCAAAAUCCAGUCUGGUACUAUUAUUUCACAUACAGAGGAAAUCAAAGUUUAAGUGAUUCUAUGAGCGGUACAACUAACAAUUAUGGUGUUUGCCAUGGCGAUGAUAUAUUAUAUGUACUAGAUACUGCCUGGGUGAAUCCAGUAACAACACAACAGGAUCGCGAUAUGCAGAAACUCUUAAUCGACUUUUGUGUAUCUUUUGCUACAAAUGGAAUUGUAAACAUGGCUGGUGUAGAAUGGCCGAAAUUAGAUCCUUCAAAGAAGGAACUUCAUUAUCUGCAUAUUGCUAGUCCUACUAAGAUUAACAUGGACAGCAAUGCUAAUUUGGGAGAGAAAGAAUUCUGGAAUUCAAUCAAGUUCAAAGAAAAUGUGUUAACGUCAAAAAAUAGGAAAGAAGAGCUUUGAAUGAUUUUGCAAGGAAACUCGAUUUUAUUAUCUAUAUUUUCUUUGCAAUUAAUUGUUAUUACAAAUUAACAUCAUAUUUAAAUUUUGAAUAUUAUAUUUACUUAUAUUUACGAAUCUCUUCUGUAUAAUGCAACAUGUCCAAAAAAAUUAAUUUUGGAAAACUAAAAUUAUUAUAACUGGCACUUGCACUUAUUUGAAUUCCUUAUUACACUGUAUUUUGAGGAUGACAUUUUACUAUAAUAUACAAAUCAUGGAAGUUGUAACUUUAGAACUUACCACAUCAUUUAUAACAAUGUCACAGCUAUUAAGCCUAUCAAAUUUAAUAAUUAGAUGUUUGGUUCAAAUAAUUACAAAAAUAAAAAGAAAAUAUCAUAAGAACCAACGCGCGGUAGUUGAAGCGCAAAUAAGGGAAUCUUAUCAAAGAGCAACAACACUUUUCUCUUUUUUCAAUAUUUGUUUAUUAGGGAAUACGUGCACUUUAAGGAUAUAGAUGUAAAUUUAUAUAUGUUUAUGGAUCAAUCCGUUCUUACGAAUAUGUUUAUGUGUUAUGCAAAUUUGUCUGAACCAUUGAGUCUGAACAUAUUCUGAAAUAUGUUGCUACUGUGAUAUGUGCGGUAAUUCUGGAAUUUAAUGAUACUUUAUUGAUUUUAUAUAAACGAAUAGCUAGCAAUGUUACCUGUUAAAAAAUG